CCGCGAGGUCACUGGGAGCUGCUGUGGGCAACUCUCAGUGUGAUUCCCGCGCCUUUGCCUAUUUCCUUAUCCCUACCUGGCUGAGGAAGCCAAGUGUUGUGAGUGGUGCUUGCAGCAGCACAGCGUGUCACACCAGCAAGAGGGACCAGCUGCUGUGCCCAGCUCUGCUGCAACCCACAACCAUGGCCACGGAGACAGAUUGGAACUGCCCCAUCUGCCGUGACGGUGCCGGUGAAAAGGCUUCUGUUUCACCGUGCCUCCACCAGUUCUGCCUGGGCUGCAUUGUGCGCUGGGUCAAGAGGAAACCAUCCUGCCCCCUGUGCAGGCAGCCCAUCAACACCAUCAUUUACUCUGUUCGCUCAGAGGAAGACUUUCUGGAGCUCGUUCUCCCAAGCUCCUCAGACCCAUGGGCUGCUGGCCAGCAGGAUGAGCAGGGGGCUGUGCAGCUGAUGGCCAGCACCUAUGUAGCUGGCUUCCCAGCUGAGCUCUGGGCAGGCAUUUUCCAGGAGUGCUCAGAAAUCCUGGAGCCCCUGCUGCCCUGGCUGAACCAGGAGCUAUCGCAGCUGCUCAGGACCCGCUGGUGGGAGGUGGCUCUGGCCCAGAGUGUGGUCGUAGCCAAUUUGUGCUACUAUGGGCUGAGUGAGGAGGCCUUGGUGCGGGAGCUGCAACCCCUGCUGCAGGAGCAGACGGUGGCAUUUGUGCGGCAGCUCAUCGACACUGCUGCUGACAGGUGCAGUGCUGAGAUCCUGCGGCUGAUGAACCUCCUGAACUCCCAUGAUGAGGAGGAGGAGGAGCAGGAGGAGGAGGAUCACGAGCAGGUGGAACAGCAGGAGCAGGAAGAGCAGGAUGAGGAGGAGGAUGGUCCCACAGACGUCCCUGCCUCUCUCCAUGGGACUCCCACCCGCAUCCUGCCCUCCCCCCACAGCCCAGUCAUCUCCAAUGUGGAAGCGGACAGUGGAGCAUUGGAAGCCACCCUGCACGGGGGUCCCGGCCGCUCUCCAUCCGUGCCCGUCCCUGCAGAGCAGGAGCAGCCCCAGGAGGAGCCCGGCGGGACAGCAGCAGCAGCAGGAGCCGGCCCCUCUGCCCAGGGCUGCAGCCGCAGCCCUUGCGCUCCUGGCCGGCACACGGACUGCUUGCCCGAGGAGCCCCGGCGCCCCGCAAAGAGGAAGGGCUCUGGCCCUCAGGACUCUCCCCAGCCCCCAAAGAGGCCGGCCCGACAGCGGCGAAAGAAGCCAAAAAUCCCUGAUUGUAAAAGUAGGAGUAGGCGUAGGAAAUAAAUUGUAGAAGUAGGACAU